AUGGAAGUCACCCCAGAGCAGAUUUGUAGGUAUUACGAUGUGGCUGAGCACCUGAACAUAUCUGCUAAUAAGGAACUCUUCCUAUACACCAUACCCAAGAGGAAUUGGAAAGAACCUUUGAAAGUUGAACUGGACUUCACCUUGGUUUCCAUCCUUUCUGUUAAAGAAAAAUUGCAAGUGGUAACUUUCUAUUUUUGGCUCCUUGUGAUCUGGAAAAAUGAAUUUAUCUCCUGGAAUCCCUCAGAUUUCUGCAACAUUUCACAUAUCACUCUACCUGCGAACCUUUUCUGGGUACCUGACAUCUUCAUAGAUGAACGGGCAGAUGAAGACAAAUUCACAACCAGCCCCUUUCUUCACGUGUCAUAUAAUGGUUCCAUUACUGUAUUGCACAUAUAUCGACUCACCUCAUCCUGCAACCUGGAUGUCCAUGCAUUUCCUUUCGAUGAGCAAAAAUGCAAUUUAACUUUGAUGCCUUCUGUGCAUACAGCUGAAGAAAUAUUAUUAAACAGUACUAAAACUUCCAACAAGACAAACCAAGAUAGUCGUAAGAAUUACCUCACAAGUGGGGAAUGGAAAUUUGAAAAUCUGAGAAUCAUACAGCAACUAAUGCCUUAUGAUACAGAUACCUUCAGUACAGUCAUAUAUGAGAUUUCAAUGACAAGGAGGUCGAUUUUGUACGUGCUAGUUCUGAUCGUACCGACCGUCACUCUCUUUUUGCUGGAUAUGGCCAUUUCUUUUACAGCUGUGUCUCCUGUAGAUAUGAUCUCCUUCAAAGUCACACUGAUCCUGGAAGUCUCUGUUUUGUCAUUGAUUCUUAAUGAUAUGCUACCAGCAACAUCAGAUAACCCACCUGUUAUAGCAAUGUUUUUCACGGGCAUCUUCAUGUUUAUGGUCGUUGGAAUCAUGGAGCAUGCUCUGAUAAUGUAUCUCAAGGAAAAGAAACCAAAGCUCCCUUUCUUCAAGGACAGGAAAUGUAUGAGCAGGUUCCUGAGAGAGGAAACAGAGGACCCUGUGAUUACGCCAGGAAGCCUGAUAGAUGAGACAUCCAUGGAGAAUAAGCCGGUCAAUGAAGUUACCUUGCCAGAAACAAACAACGCAAACGGCCACAUGGUUCUGAAACAAAUGAGUGUGGAACUGCAGCAGAUCAGAAAACAUCUGGUUCUAGAAAGACAGCAGCGUGCCCUUGAAUCAGACCUUCAGGAGAAAACCUACCUCCUUGUGGAUAAAGGACUUCGUUAUAUCCGCUUGGUUUUAUCCAUCUGUUUUUUAAUAUUCAUUAUUAUAAAGUGGAGGCAAUAA